UUGUCACUGUCAGAUUUUAAACGUAUUUUCUGUUUCGAAUUUAUUGUUGAUAAACUAACUCAUUUUGUUGUAAUUGAUAUUUUAUAUUUUUAUUACAAUGGAUGUAGAAGAGAUAAUAGACUACAUUAAAACGCUAAAAAAGGGCUUUGAUAAAGAUUUAUUUCAGAGUAAAAUCGAUGAAUUAGGAUAUAUAGUGGAUAACACAGGACUAAACUAUGAUGAUUUUCAUACAUUGUUUAAAGUUUGGUUGAACUUGAGUAUUCCUAUUACAAAAUGGGUUAAUCUUGGAGCCACUAUAUUACCAAAAGAAAAGAUAUCACAAAGUACUAUUGAGUAUUCUUUAAGAUGGAUCCUCGCAAACUAUGAUAACCAAAGUAAUUUUUCAAGAAUUGGUUUUCUUUUAGACUGGUUGACAGCUGCUAUGGACUGUGAUAGUGUAGAUAUGAAAGCUCUUGAUAUGGGAUAUGAAUUAUUUUAUACCAUGUUAACUUUUGAAGUACUCACUCUGCAUGCUAUGAAACUUGUGUAUACAUUGACUAAGCCAAAUGAUGUUACUAGAAGAAGAGUACUGGAAUUGAUGGAGUAUGCUAAAAGGAGAGAAGCUAAAAAGAAUAUGUACAGGCAGAUUCAAGUUCUUCUUGGUUUGUUUAAGUCUUACAAACCUGAAUAUGUUCCUGAGGAUGUGCCUUCAAUAUCAAUACAUACAGCAUUUAGAAAAAUUAAUGUAACACUACUCGCAAGGUUCAAAAAUGCUCAGAAUCAAAGGAAUACCUUGAGUAAAGAGACAUAUAGGCUGUUCUGGAUUAACCCUUUAAACUCUGAAGGUGGUAGAAAUAAGAAAGCAGAUCCACUUAUACCCAAUUUGGAAUUUACAAACAUUGGAUCGAAACAAUAUGAUAAUGAUACUCAAAAGAACUAUCUUGACUUUUCUGAGCCCGUGUCGCUGCUGCAGUACAGCGCGCAGCGGGCCAUGCGUCGGCCGGCGCGGCUGCGCGCGCUGCUGUGCAACCCGGCGGGGCUGGCGCUGCUGGCCGCGGCCGCCAGCGCCGACCACGCCUUCCUGUCGCACGAGCUGCACCAUCUACUCACCAGCUGUUUUUUGGAAACAUCGCCUCACACCUAUAUCGAGAAGCAGGAUUUACUGCAGAGAUUGGCAAUAUUUCAGUCGACGCUCAUGCAAGGCCUACCUGUUGUGACUCGUUUUUUGGCACAGUUCUUGCCAUUUUGGAAUGAAAAAGACUUUUUAAUGGAGAUUCUUCAACUCGUCGAAUGGGUGAAUGUUGAAGGCGCGGAUCAUGUGAAUGUUAUUUUAGAUACGCUGACGAAGGUGUAUUAUAGAGCGCAACCUAUAGAGCAGUGUGCCAUACUAAGGAGUGUAACCAGCAUGUAUACAAACCUAAUACAUUCAAGUAUGCGGUCUCGACAUUAUUUUCUAAGUAUACAACCUACUGAAUUAAUGUACACGGAAAUAUUGACAAUGGUCUCUUUGAGAAUUAGUGACAUGUGCGACAAAGGAUUGCAAGCAUCCCCAGAGGACGCGCUGGGGCUGCAGAGCGCGACGCGGGCGGGCGUGCGCUGCCUGCGCGCGGGCCGGCGCGCGGGGAGCGCGGGGCGCGCGGGGUGCGUGGUGGCUCCGCGCGCGCUGCUGCUGUCGCUGGCGCUGCUGAGCCCGUCGGCCGCCGCGCUCGACCGCCUCGCCGCGCUCGUCGUGCUGUACAAAGAAAUAUUCUCUGCCAUAAAAGCGAAGAAUGGACGAAAAGAUCAAGCGUACGUUGAACAGAUGCAGAUUUUGAAAGCAUUCACGUCUGAUUUCGUGAGUUGUUUCUACGAGGAAUUCCUCAGUGGUCGCAAGAAAGGCAUCGCCUUUAGUAAAUUGCACCCGCAGCUGGUUAGUAAACUGACACAUAUAAUACCAGAUGUGGAUACAAAAUUAAGCAUACGCAAUCACUUAGCAUUCGCUCCGUACACGUAUGUGUCGCUACAGGCAAUAGAUCAAACGGACGCCGACAAUAAGUUAUGGUUUGACACGGUUAUAGAACAGGAAUUUGUCAAUUUGAGUCAAUUCGUUAUGAAAGCAAUGCCCGAGCUGCGAUAACAAAAUGCUAGCACGUAGGAGUAAGCGUGAGUACUUUGUGCUCAAUAUAUUCACAAUCAUAAGGCUACUUAUUAAACUACACAUAAGUAUUAGAAUAAAAUGAUUUCCUUAAUUAAGUUAUUUUAAAUCGGACCCUAAUUUAUAACAUUAAAAUUGUUAUCAAGUUAUACGUGAACCCGACACACUAAAUUUAGGUUGUGUCUUUUUAUACUAUAUUUUCAAACACGCUUAUAUUACUUUAAAUAAUGAGCAAAUACUCAUACUCAAUGACACGAUUUACAAACGAAAAAAAACACGAAAUGCAUUCUGAUUUAUUAGUUGUCGCCCGCGGAUUCGCACGCGUUUUAGGGAUUAGUCAUCAGGAAUAA